AUGGCCUGCAACAGCACAGAUCUGACGUCUCUCCGUAUAGGCGACGACACCGUUGAGCGCACGGACAACUUCAGGUACCUCGGAUCUGUGCUUGAUGCGUCCGGGGACAACGAUCGCGACAUCGAGGCCCGUAUAUCAGCGGCCUGGGCGAAAUGGCGCGAGGUGACGGGUAUCAUUUGUGACCCCAAAAUGCCGGUCAAGCUCAAGGGACAGUUAACGUCAAACAUCGUUAGUAUCUAA